AUGCCAUCUUCAAAGCAUCUGUUCAUAGUCCAGAACAAUACCACCUACAAACAAUUGCCUAUUGACUCAGGCCGCGUCGGGCCCCCAAGACUGGACGCGUAUCAGAGACGUCUCGGUCGCUUCUACGAGCCUUUGUUUCUUUUGCGUGUACUAGGACAAACCCGUGGGCAGCACAUAGCUGGCUCACCGGAUGCUAGUUUGGAGCAAGCACGGCAACGAAGAUUCCUACGUAACCUCGCCUUUGUUUGCGACUUUACCAAAGGAGGUAUUUCUUGCACUGCCAUUGGGCUUGAAGACAGCGAAACAUGUUACAAUUUCUGGAUUUCGUCCAACACAUCUGUCGACAAAAUCGUCGAAUUCGCGAAGAAUGCUCUCAGCCAUCUGAAGCGAACUGCAACAGUCACUGGAGACAUUAUUGAACAAGAUAAGGCGAUUUUCACCAGGUUCUGCCUUGACUUUGCGAUUAGCCGAGUCAAAAAGGAGCGCCAGUGCUUGUUUCAAGCGAUCAAGCAGUGUUACCCCAUACCAGGCUCUGUGAAAACGAAACAAGAUCAGGUGAUAAAAGUUUGGCUUGAGCGUAUCCUCGAACAGGAUGAUUGUCUGGCACUUUGCAAAUAUGCAUAUGUCCACAGAAAGUCCAUAUUCACCAGGAUAAUCGGGCUGAAAGCUCAAGACGAAGAAAGAUUAAUGGGUCUUCAAGACAAACGGUCACCUUUUGCGUCAGUUAUCCAUUAUCUAGGGCGACUGGCACAUCACAUCCGGGCACCAUUGCAGCUGGUUGAGGAUGCCUACCAUUUGUCUCACAUCCUUGACUCACAUCAGGUGAUGGCUAUCACUUGUGUGCCUUCGGUGCCUCGGCCAGCGCCCGAUAAUCUCACCACGCUCGAUGGUAUCCUCAACAGGAUGUUGAAGAAGGAUGACCCGGAAAGGCUUCAGAUAAAGAAUUCUUUGCUUUCUAUGAAUUCUCAAUCUCAAUCUCGCACCUUUCAGGAUUUCAUGGAACAGUAUGACAAGAUGAAUCUGUCUUUCGUGGGGAAUGACCGUUACAUUGCUUGUAGCAAACCGGCUUGUCUGUGUUGUGAACUGUACUUCAGGUACCAUCCGGCUCGAAUGGUCAUUCCUGAAUCUCACCGCAAAGUCUGGGUUAACUGGGGCCCACAAUUAGUCAAGAAUCCGACGAAAGGGGAUCCAGAAUACGAUUUGCAGGUGAAGGUCCUCAAUGAGAUGACAAGUGAGAUUCGCCGCGCUGUUAUUGCUGAUGUCCUGGGUCAAUCGAUAUCAAGUCCCUGGCAUCCUGAUUCCCAAACAGCAAUUUCAGAUGACCGGCGGUCUCGCGGAGAUUUGGAGGGGCUUCGGGGAGAUACGUUCCGACAUUUGAUUGCUGAUGGCAGCUUGGAAAAUGAGGCAACUGAAUGAAGCACAGCGAAGGUUUUUGGGACAAACGAACUCAAGACAGAUUUGUCGGAUGAAGACUCUGAUGCAGAAUGUGGCGGAGUAUCUCUCAAGAUGUAAGGUGGUAUUUGAUUUGGGC